AUGGCCCUCCACAUGAGCACGAUUCUCUCAAAAAGCUCUUCGGAGAUCCUCUCACAUCUCUCCCGCAUCCGCUCGUCUUUCUCCUCCCAGAUCACGUUCUUCGCGCUCUCGGUUUCCUCUUCUCACGAUGCGUCAGAGGUCUCUUCCCUGGUAUCGCACUUGACUUCGCUCACGGAGCAGUCUGUUGGAUGUCUCUCAUCUCAGUUAGACAAUGGAAUGCUGUCAAGGGAAGGCGCAUUCAGUUGCUCUGUGGCGGUAUUCGACAAGAGCAGUGCUACCCCUUUUCGGAGUACUGUCCCCGGCAGGCAGGCCGCACAGGUCGGACGAUGGCAUUCGAACAGGAGAAGCGACGAUAAUGGACGCGCGGAUGCUCCCAGUCACAGGAAUGGCCUUCACUGGGACGAUGUCUGGGCCAAGAAUAGCCGUGAAUAUGCUCUUCCGCCCGAGAUUCAGUCUUUGCAACGCGAUGAUCUAGACACUGUAAUUUACUUGUCCGAUGGGUCCCCGGAAGGUCUGUCAAACGCGCUUCAUACUUUACCGGUCGCGACCAGCAUCGGUAUGAUUGGCGCAUCGACCCCGUUCAUCACCGGAAGACCGUACACACUGUUCCGGGGAAACUCCAUCUACUCUUCUGGUGCUGUCGGACUGUGCUUGUCAUCCCCGUCACCAUCGCGUUCCCAUCUUGCCUUCCCCGGACUGCAAGCGCUGACACCGCCUAUGAUUGUGACAGAAUCUGAGGGGAACCUCAUACAUUCCCUGGAUAACACUAAUCCGACCCGGUUGCUUCUCGCAGCAAUUGAGCGCGCUCAAAAUGGGCUUGAAGAACAAGAAGCAAGCACUAAGGCCGAGUGGAUCUCUAAGGAGGACCAGUUCUAUGUAGCCACGUUGUCAGCUUUGAGCAAUGAGCCGCAACAGAUCUGUCGAAUCACCUCUGGCGACCCAUCUCGAGGAACACUGGCAUUGGAGGGAGAUUUUGCGCCUUCCAAGGGAGCUCCCGUGCGGGUUUAUCAGCAACUUGCGAACACCCACUCUAGUCUUCUCUCACAAGAUGCCUCAACGCAGGGCGAAUCUGCGAUAUCACGGACUCGGUUCACGCUGAGCCUCGCCGUCUCGCCACCCGAGGCCGCAAAUAUGUCGCCAUCUGUCACAAGUGACGAUACAACUAUUGUUCUUGAGGACACAUUUCUGGCCGCGACAGAGAAUGGCUUGCUGAUUGAUCGUUAUAAAUGGCAGCUUGGGACUUUCCGAGAGCGUCCAUGGCUCUGCAGGGUGCCAGGUGCAGUAAUGAACAUGUGCUGGGGCUGA